CUUUUUCUGACUUUUUUCUUUGUCCUCAACCCUUUAGAUCAUAUGAACAUAGAAGAAUACUUUGAAGAUGAUGAGGAACCACCUUUGCUGCUCAGCUCUUGUCCUUCUCACGGUGUUUGGCUGUAUUGGGACUGCAGCAGUGCAGUGUCGGUGGGGGGAAGGGUGUGUGUGUCUGCAAUGCCCUGCCGGCCAGGAGCCUUCCAAGGCUUGUGGGCAGAUCCAAAGUCCAGCAGAGGAAGUGCAAUGUCUGUUGUGCCCGACUGGAAGCUUUUCAGAUGCAUUGGACUCUGAACCUUGCGUACUCCACACAGCCUGCGAGGUCCUCGGCCGUAAGGCUACAACCCCUGGCUCUGCAACUUCAGAUGCUGUCUGUGGGGAUUGUCUGCCUGGGUUUAGCUCCAUUGCCAAAGAAGGAGUUUCCACCCAAAGUCUGUGUGUGAAAACAUCUUUGCAUGUCAGAAAGGUGCGGACAGUUGGUAAAGGUCCCUCCAGUGGUGCAGGAGGGCCGGUCAACGGCACAGUGGUGCGCAGCGCUGAGGAGAAGUCAGCAGAGUAUGCAGUCUUUGCUAUUGUGCCUGUCUUCUGUGUGAUGGGCCUGUUGGGUAUCCUCAUCUGCAACAUCCUGAAGAAGAAGGGAUACCGCUGCAGUGCUGACAAGGAGGCAGGGGAUGAAGAAACUGCCACACCACAGAAAGAAGGUAACAAUUGUCCCUACAUAUCUGACGACCUGAAUGAAGACACCAUCAGUGUUCUGGUUCGCCUCAUUACUGAGAAGAAAGAAAAUGCUGCUGCACUGGAGGAAUUGCUGCUGGAGUACGAGAGCAAACAGAUGUCCAUAAGCAAAGGCUCCUCAAUCAAGUUCCCAAUGCUGUCUCCCCUGUCCCAGUUCUGCUCCCUCCCCAAGCUGUGCCCCCAUCAGUCCCACCAUCACACUAUCUCUGGCCUCUCCGGCCUGGCCCCCAAACACGGCUACCGCUGCACCCGCUGCGCCCAGCGGAAGUGGCCCGCUGUCCUCAUACCACCCCUGGGUGCCCUUAAAGAUCCCCUGAAGCCCGCCAAGACCUUCAUUGUUCCCUCCCUGGACAAAUCAUACGACCAGCAGAAGAGACCCCUGCUUGGGGGGGUGUUUGUCGACACCCACCAUACACAAGCUGUUGUGCCAAAUACUGUACAGAACAAAGUGGAAGGGAGUGAAGUGAAGGAGAGGAAGGAGGGAGAGCUGACCGUGUUGUCUGUGGGGAGAUUUCAAGUCGCUCAGAUCCCAGAGAUGAAGCCUCUCACGUUGGAAACCAAGAAAUCAUCCCAGGAGCAACAAAACUCCCUUUUUGGAGGAAAGUCCUUCUCCUCAUCAUCUGGGAUCCAGAGAUGAAGAUACAGAGAGAUGUAACACUACCUCGCUGAAAAUGACCUCAUAAACUUGACAGCUGGCAGGGAGGGUGUUUCUAGAAAUCUGACAAAAAGAAACCCCAAGAACCACCUCAAGCUCAAAUAAGUUGUUUCUACAUAAUAUGAGGAGAAAAAAAACUGUAUUUAUUAUUACAUGACAACAAAAGUGUACUAUACAUUCCCAAUGAAAAGGGAAAGUGGAGAGUGGAGCUUUUUAAAUACCAGGGUGUCAAUUCCCGACACUAGAAGGAACGAUGAGAGACAAAAACAAAGAAGAUCAUUUUGGAUCGUAAGAAAAACACAUUCUCAGCCACUAAAGUUGUGUUUCCACAGAAGGAAAUGGACACAGGGCUAAAACACAUUGCAUGUAGACAGACUUGUGUGAAGAGGACAAAAAAAUGUGGAAGACUUAACUGACCAAAAGACAAGACCAAUACAUCAGUGAGUCUGAAACAAGCUGAACUGUGUAUACUACAUUUAAAAGAGAGGAAAUAUUAAGCCAAGUAGUCUGCUAUCAAGUAUACAAACUACGAAUGCUAGACACUUGAUUUAAGACUUCAAUAGCACUACAGAAAGUAUUAUACGAACAAAAUGUUAUGAAACUAAACACCAUAUUGUUGUUUUAAAUAUUGUUUUAUUAUAAGUUUAGUGAAAUAGCUCCUCUUCUUCUGCUCAUAUAGGAUUUGAAAAAGAUGAAUGUAGUCUUAACAGAAGAUGCACUCACUGAGAUCAGUGAAAGUUUGACAGUUUGCAACUUUAAAGCUCUUAGACUAGACACAAGUAGGUGAUCAGGGGCCAAAAGUUCCUCUCAGAGUGGGCCACUAAUACUUUAUGACAGCAAUGUUUUUCUUUUUACAUCACUGCAUCCCAAACGGCAGUAAGAGGCUGAACUCCUACUGAAAAAACGAGAUGGAUAGAUAUUACUUUGUAGAAUAGAACUUGUAAAUGAAUGUACAUAUGUAAAUAUGGGUGGGUAAAAAAAGACAUACAGCUUUUUAUAAUUUUAGCAUACACUAUGUAUAAGGUAAGAGACGACUGCAUCGCAGCAAUAAGUGACCCUUGUAGUCCAUCAUUAAAAAAACAUGAAAUCUGUCACACCAUCAUGCAUAUAAGUUGAAUUGCUGGUUCAUCAACAUCAUAUAGCUUCCGCACCUACUGUAUAUGGCUUUUCACAAUUUGAGUGCAAAGUUUCACUGUUUUAGUCAUGAGCUUUUAAAACGUUCUCAACCACAUUCAUACAGUACACAUAGCCAGACUCAAGUUAUGCAAUUUUCAUAACUGUAAGAAACACGAUCAUAUUUUAUUCCAGUUUAAUUAAAUGAACCAACCAGUGGCUGUGCAGGAUUAGUGGUUGAGUUACACCAAAGUUAUGCAGCCGAGUUGGCUUCAGUUUACAUCUUCAUGGCUGUAAGAGUUUACUAGAAUCAUAGAGGCCACUCAUUUACAUAUUAUCUUAAUUUGUUACAAGGAAUAUGUCAACAUGUCUGGAUGGACUGAAUAUGUAUUGGUUGCAGCCGUUUCAUUUUUUCUGUUUUUAUUACUAUUAUUAUAGGACUAUUAUUGCUGAAGUGGUACUGGUAGGAAGGAUUCAAAAAACACAUUCAUCUCAUCAACUUUGUAGAAUUGCAUUUAUAAUAUGACUUUUUUUCUGUAUAAUGUUUUUACUGUUAAAAUAAAGAAGAGGUGUAUUUUA